UCGGCCACUUCAAAAGGGCGGUGUCCCCCAUUUGCUCCGAUCAAAUCACAAAUUUUUCAUUCUUCUUCAGCAAAAAUGGUUUACCCCCAAACUUUCGAAGGCUACGCCGUCACCGACUCGGCCACUUGGAACAAAGUCGAAAAGAUCGAAUUCACUCCUAAGGCCUUUGGCCCAAAGGAUAUUGAUAUCAAAAUCAGUGCCUGUGGUGUUUGUGGCAGUGAUGUCCACAAUGUCCGUGGGGGCUGGCACAAGCCCCACUUGCCGGUGGUGCCAGGCCACGAGAUCAUUGGUACAGUGGUGAGAAUCGGUGACGAUGCCACCACCAACCUCAAGGUUGGCCAAAGAGUGGGUGUUGGGGCCCAGGUCUGGUCAUGUUUAAAAUGUGAAACCUGCUUGGAGGAAAACGAAACCUACUGUCCUGACUGGGUCGACACCUACAACGACUUCUAUCCCGAUGGGUCCAAGGCUUGGGGAGGUUACGCUUCGCACAUCCGUGUUCACGAACACUUUGUGUUCCCAAUUCCAGACGUAUUGGACUCCAAUGAUGUAGCUCCUAUGUUAUGUGCGGGUAUCACCGUGUACUCGCCAUUGGUGAGAAACAACGCCGGCCCCGGUAAAAAAGUGGGAAUCAUUGGUAUUGGUGGAUUGGGCCAUUUCGCAAUCAUGUUCGCCAAAGCGUUGGGUGCGGAAGUCUUCACCUUUUCCAGAACCAACAGUAAGAAGGAAGAUGCCCUUAAGUUGGGAUCCGACCAUUACAUCGCUACCUACGAGGACAAGGAUUGGUCCACCAAGUACGCCAGAAAGCUUGAUCUUAUUGUGUCGUGUGGAAACUCUUCCAAGAACUUUGACUUGGAUGGGUACCUCAAGUGUUUGAGAGUUCACGGAAAGUUGGUGAGUGUUGGAUUGCCCGAGGAGCCAUUUACCGUCAGUCCUGGUACUUUCAUUAAGAACGGAUCGUUGCUUGGUUCUUCACACUUGGGAAGUCGUCAAGAGAUGUUGGAUAUGCUUAAGUUGGCAGCUGAGAAGGGUAUCAAGUCGUGGCACGAGGACCUCAAGGUGGAUGAAGAGGGUAUCUCAGAGGCCUUGACCCGGUGUUACGAGAAUGAUGUCCGGUACCGGUUUGUGUUGACCGACUAUGAAAAGAGUUUCAAGUAGGCAUAAGCGAUUCGAACUGCUCGAAGAGUAGGAGUGAAGAUUUGUAGUCUUUAGACAAUGCACAAUGCUAUCGAUCU